AGUGUGCAAUAAUGAAAUAUCAGGCACCAAAUUCAUUUUUGCUCCUGAUUUUCAUCACCCUUCCCCUCCAGAUUUAUGCUCAAUUGCAGAAGAAUCUCCACUACUUUGAGACACUCCACAUUGAUGAUUUGAGCCACAGGAUUGUCAAGAGGGGCGCCAAGCCCAGCAGUCAUCCGUACAAUACGAUAAAGGAGGUGGAGUUCAAGGCACUUGGAAGGAAUUUCCGUUUAAUCCUCCAUCCGCACAAGGAAGUGCUGCACAGCAAUUUCCGGGCGUAUGCUAUUGAUGGGGAUGGGCAGGAGAAGGUCGUACACAUGGAUCACGACGCCUUCUACACGGGACGUGUUUUUGGGGAAGCAGAAUCCUCCGUGAGGGCGCACAUUGAAGACAGUGGAGUGAUGACGGCAUCAGUGGUGCUUCCGGAAGAAACAUACCACAUUGAGCCAUCCUGGAGGCAUCUCCCAGACACCAAAGGGAGCCACAUGAUUGCCUACAGAGCAUCCGAUGUGAAGUUGAGUUGGAAUACAAAUAAACAGCCCGGGGAUAUGGGGGCACCCAUAUCGUGUGGCUACGUGAAGGAAGGCGAAGAGCUUGAGGAUGACGAUGAGGGGCCAAAAGUCGAUGAGAGCACUGAAUCAAUGUGGACAGAGGAGCACACAAUGCGGGAGAAGAGACAAGCUGAUCAGUAUGAGUACACCCCGACUAAAACAAGGUGCCCCCUGCUCCUCGUGGCAGACUAUCGAUUCUUUCAGGAGAUGGGUGGAAGCAACACCAAGACCACCAUAAACUACCUGAUAAGCUUGAUUGAUCGCGUCCACAAGAUCUACAACGACACAGUGUGGCAGGAUCGUUCUGACCAGGAAGGUUUCAAGGGGAUGGGCUUUGUUAUCAAGAAGAUCGUCGUGCAUUCAGAGCCAACGCGUGUUCGUGGUGGGGAAGCUCACUACAACAUGGUCCGGGAGAAAUGGGAUGUCCGGAAUCUCCUGGAAGUAUUUUCCCGCGAGUACAGCCACAAAGAUUUCUGCCUUGCGCACUUAUUUACGGAUCUUAAGUUUGAAGGAGGAAUCCUGGGGCUGGCUUAUGUGGGAUCUCCCAGAAGGAACUCCGUUGGGGGGAUUUGUACGCCGGAAUACUUCAAAAAUGGCUACACGCUGUACCUAAAUUCGGGGUUGAGUAGCUCCCGGAAUCACUAUGGGCAGCGUGUCAUUACGCGUGAAGCCGAUCUCGUGACUGCUCAUGAAUUUGGUCACAAUUGGGGCUCAGAACAUGAUCCUGACAUCCCCGAAUGCUCCCCAAGUGCAUCUCAGGGUGGAAGCUUCCUCAUGUACACGUACUCCGUCUCAGGGUAUGAUGUGAACAACAAAAAAUUCUCCCCAUGCUCCCUUCGAUCCAUCCGCAAAGUGCUUCAAGCAAAAUCCGGACGUUGCUUCAGUGAACCCGAAGAGUCCUUCUGUGGGAAUCUCCGUGUUGAGGGUGAUGAACAGUGCGAUGCCGGUCUCCUUGGCACGGAGGACAAUGACGGAUGCUGCGAUAAGAAUUGCAAAUUGCGCCGAAAUCAGGGAGCUGUGUGCAGUGAUAAGAAUUCCCCGUGCUGCCAGAACUGCCAGUACAUGCCAGUUGGGGUAAAAUGUCGCGAAGCUCAGUACUCAACGUGCGAACAGGAAGCCCGUUGCACGGGGAAUCACGCUGAAUGCCCCAAAUCUCCCCCAAUGGCCGAUGGGACUAUCUGCCAGGAACGUGGACAGUGUCGUGGUGGGAAAUGCGUCCCGUACUGUGAGACUCAAGGGCUACAGAGCUGCAUGUGCGACAUCAUUCAGGAUGCGUGCAAGAGAUGCUGCCGUAUGAGCAUCAAUGAGACGUGCUUCCCCGUGGAGCCACCGGAUGUCCUCCCCGAUGGUACCCCAUGCAUUCAGGGCUUCUGCAAUAAGGGCAUCUGCGAGAAGACCAUCCAAGAUGUCGUGGAGCGCUUCUGGGACAUCAUUGAGGAGAUCAACAUCAACAAAGUCCUUCGCUUCCUCCGCGAUAACAUUGUCAUGACUGUGGUCCUGCUGACUGCCCUCUUCUGGAUCCCCGUGAGCUGUGUCAUUUCCUACUUCGACCGGAAGAAGAGGAAGCAGGAAUUCAAGAUGUUCGAAUGGAGUCAAACACUCGAUCUCAUUCAUCCAAGCGAUCGUCGACGUGUUAUUCACAUUAGAGUUCCCAGGCAAAAAAUCACCGUGGCUCGAAUGUAAAAAUAUAAACGUAAAAAAAGGGAAUUAAUUCCUCGAAUUCCUCCUGCGCGCACCACCAUCCUGUGAGUCCUUAACACACAAACAAAGCCCAUUGUAGGAUAAUUUUUAAGAAUAUAAAUCUUCGUGACAAUUAGCAAAGAAAAAACCAAAGUUAAGAGAAAAAAUCUUAAAAUUCUGUCUUCGGUUUCAAUUUUUUUUUUCAUUUUAAUAAUAAUAUGUCUUCACAGUCGUUACACACUCAUUAUUAUUUAAUCAUGUUUUUCAUCACAAAAAGAAUAGUUCAUCGAUUUCUAAAAUAAUUUAUAUGAUAUUUUUUGUUUUUUUUUAUUUUAUUUUCAUUUUUUUUAUCAAAUAUUCUAAAUGUCCUUCCCACCCCUUUUUAUUCUUUUUUUUCUCACAUUGUAAAGAAUUUAUUAUUUUUUGGAUAUUUUUUUUAACUGCCAUGAUAAAAAAAAAGGAAACGAAAAAAGGGUAAUGAAGAGGACAAGGAAGAAAAACAAACAAAGGAACGAAAGGAAGUUUGAAAUAAGUUAAAGAAAAAAAUUUAACGAUGCAUUUGGAGCUUUUUUUUCUUUCUUCUACAGAUAAAUCUUAUUUAGUGUGCAUUUUCUUUUAAUUUAUUUAUAUAUUUAAAAAAAAACAUCGUCAAAAACUCCCUAAAUGCUUGAACACUGCCUUUUUUUAUCCAACUCUCGGAGGCAUUUUAUUUUCUCUCUCUCACCCUCCCUCCUCAUGUAAUGUGAUCCCCAUUAUCACGAUCAAAAUGAUUUGUUUUUCGUGUUUAUUUUGUUGAAAUAAUAAAUAUUUUAAUGAUGAAAAAACAAAGAGGGUUUUUCUUUUUUUUUUUUUAUCUAAAUCAUUUUCAAAAUUAACGUAAACUUUGGUUCGUUCGGUCUGAUUUCUCCUGCUGACUCUCCUGAUGCGAAUUUUGUUUCUAAAUUGUGGAUUUAUCUUCUUCUUCUCUUUGCCAAAAAUUUCUUUUUUUUUAUCCACUGUCUUAUUUUUUUCUCUCCUCUUUGUUAAUCAAAUUUAAAAUAAAGAAGAAAAAAAAGAGAA